AUGAGGAAGGUGAAAGCUGUCAAUGAAUUCAGUUCUACAGCCUACCCAGAAAUGUCUGCCAUUAGCAAUGGAAAGCUUGAAUUUCUAACCAGACACAGAGCUACAGACCUUCUAGAUAAACCAAUUACUGAACUGAUAAAUGGAACAAUUCAUGUACAACAGUUUAAGAGAAAGAAACCAAAAGUACCUGUGAUGCAGUUAUGGCAAGAUCUGAAGAGCAAUGUGACAUGUAUCAGAGAGGAGCCAGAAGAGGGUUCCCCUAUUGCAUCUUAUUGUUUCCUGAAGUCACUUGAGAUCAUGAAGCUGUUACCUGAUGAAGAGAUUGUUAAAGUGGCAGAUUUCUACUUCAUUCAACUUAAACCAUUGUUAAUGAGAAACAAAGAAGCCACAGAAAUAAUGGUUGAUGUUUUUGGUGCCUUGGGAACAGACCUUACCCAAAAUCUUUUAGUGGAGAAAAUUUUGAGAGCUGAUAGAGCUAACCCUACAUUGAUUGUACGUCUAAUGACACAUAUAGUGGGCAUGGAUGAACCACCAGUUGAGAACAUUACUACAGCCAUGGAAGAUAUUUGUUUCAAACCAGAGAAGUUUCAUAGUUAUAUGUAUGAAGGGGACCUUCACAACAGAGUACUUCUGGCACUAGGGUCAGUAGCGCACAAGUUAUCCAAAGCUGGACAGACAGACAAAGCUACAGAGAUCAUAAACAGAGUUCAUAGUAUGAUUGGACUUCAUGACCCUUGGUUAUACAGGCAGAGAAGAUCAUCCCAGUCCAGAGUACAGAAGAUGGAGUAUGACCGCUAUAGAGCAGUUUUACUGGAAACAUUGGGUAACGCUAGGAUGGAUCACUCUUAUGAUUAUAUCAUCUCACAUAUCAAUACUACAAACUCACCAUGGAUCAAAAGAGCGGGAGUACAUGCUCUUAGAAAAUAUAACCACCAUAUGGCAGCCAAUGUAUUGCUGACCACUGCAUUAUAUGAUGAUGAUGAGAAUGUAAGAUAUGAGGCUCUGCUGAUGUACCAAGCUCAUCCAAAGUCUGUCUUGCUUAAUCCAUUAAAUGUCAGGAAUGACAGUAAUGAAACUAGUGUUAUAGAUCCAUACGCGUCAGACAUGCAUUUUGUGGCUGUGAAUCAACGAGCGAAGAGAGGAUUUUUUGACGGACUACAUUUUAGACUGCAGGCACCAGGUGUAGACUGGAGAAAAUUGCUUGGUUCUGAAGAUGUUGGUGCUUCAUUUGGAAUCAUCAUUGAAAACUACCUGGAUUUGAAAAUAGCACCACUUAGUGGGCAUGUAAAAGUGAAUGUCCAUGAUGAAGCCUACGCUAGAAUACAUCUUGGUAUAGUUAAUAAAAACUUGGAUUUUUUCUUGGCAAGACUAUGCUUCAAAGGUGGCACUAAAUACAACCUUAACAUUUUACAGGAAAAUGAAAUGAAGAAAGUUGGCAACAUGGCAAAAGGAUUUGACGGUGCCAUAAAAGGAAUUGUGGGAGGGAUAAAAGAUGGAAUAGAUCUGUUUAAACAGAUCAUCUCUGGAAAAUUGUCAUUUAAAAAAAUGAUUACAGACUUUGUCGAUGCUCUGGAGAAUCUACCAAAAACAGUAGUGAAGCUGAGAGAAACAGCUAUAGAUGUGAUAAAGGCCCUUGGUAGAAUUGAUGAACGAGAUUUACCUCCCUUUAUUAGACCAGUAAAAAGAUUAGUGAUGCAUGUUACAAAGCUGUUCAAUGAUAUCAAGUCAGAUGUCAUGACGUUUUAUAAUACUCUAGAAGAGACAAUAACAGUGAUAAUACCAAAGAGUGCCACAGAUGUGUAUGAGGCCAUCAAAGAAGUCAUACAUGCCUUUAGUAUCAUGAUCAAAGAUCCUAAAACUGCCAUUACUCAAAUAGGCAAAGGAGCUUUGACGAUUUACACAUCGGUCAUGUCUCUGAUUGAUGCUGUUAACAAAACAAGAGAAGCAUGUUUCUUCCUUAAAGAUGAUAAGCCAUACUGGUUUGACAUUCCACACCAGUUUGAGAUUGUUAAAGGAAUGUCCAAGGCUGCCUUUGAUGCUAUAGCCCAUCACAGUGGAGACUGGGUCAAGGAAGAGAUACAAGAAGAUGUUGACAACAUUGCUGCAUUUACUAAAGGGAGACUAUCCACUACUGCACUGAGAAAAGAAAUCACCCAAAACAUCACUAAGUUAGUACACGAUCUGUUAGAACCCUUCCAACCCCUGGUGGGAUUCAUAGAUCCAUUCCUUAAGCUGUAUAAUACUGUGUUUGGUACAAUCAAAAACGUCAAGAAGGCUUAUGACAUACUGAAAGAAGGGUAA